AUGGCUUGCGUGCGCGUGGCGUCUGCGGUGGUCCUGUUCCUGAACCUGGCCUCCUGGGUGCUGGCACUCGGCGGCCUUGGCUCCAUCGACCGUACCACUUGCAAGGCUCAGCUGCCCAGCGACGCCGAUGUCUUCGCCGUCGCCAAAUGCUCGCGCGAGUGGAGCUGGCAGUGGUGGUGCCUGUUCCUGCAGCUGUUUGUGAUCCUGGUGGCGGCCAUCGUCACCUGCCUUCCCGUUCAGCGCCUUGCCAAGGGCCGCUACGUGCUGUCCUACUGUUUCACAAUCGCCACCACCAUCAUCAUGGUCUCGCUCAACGCUGACAUCGCCAAGGUCUGGGCCUACUGGGAUGUGGCGCCCCUCUUUUCUGACUACACCGGCGACGACAAGGUGCUGUACAUGAGCGCCGCCGCCCUGUGCGCGGGCUGGAUCCUGAUCAUCAUCUUCAACUCUGCCUGGGUUGCCGCCGUUCUGUGCCACGAUGCCUCAUGCGAGGAGUCCUGCACGAAGAAGAAGAAGGAGAGCGGCGCCCCCAUCACUGGCGCAGUGACGGGCGAGGACAGCGUGCAGGUGCAGGCCGCAACCGGCGCAGACGCGCUCGCGUCCCUGCGAUCGGUCAUGCGCCCCUGGUGGGCGCUCGCCCCCAAUCCCCCAGUCUACCCUGCGUCGUUUGAGGCCGAAUACACAUUCAGCCUGCCCUAUGUCAAGGUGGUCCAGACCCAUGGCCUCAGCUACCCUGUGCACCUGUGGUACGACGGGGAGGGCGGGCGCUUGCGGUUGGACGUGUAUGGCGGCCUCGACAGCGCCAUCCAGACCGACCCGGACACCGUGUACACGGUGUACCCCCGCAUCAAUGUCACGGCCUGUGACGUGGCCCACUCGGCGGCAGGACCCACCGGUCUGGGUGCUCGCCUGCUCUCUGACGCGCCGCUGCCAGACGUGACUGGGUGGUCAUACGCGGGCACCACGAUGCUGCGCGGCCAGCAGGCCCACAUCUGGUCCCUGCGGGAGCGCCACGGCGAGAAGACCAACGUCUACUCCUUCUACGCCGCGGAGGACGGCACACCCCUCAGGCUCUACAUGAUGGGGCGCAACAUCAUUCAGUACUCCCACUACGAUGAGUACCUCGUGGACUUCACCUCCUGGAAGCCGGGACGACCCGCAGACAAGGUCUUCGAGGUGCCAAAGGCGUGCGACGGCGCACAGAAGAGGCGCGCAGCAGAGGCCACCCAGCGCGGCGGCGUGCAUGCCGAUGAACCGGCCAGGGCAUCACGUGUCAUGCAGGCAGCCGCGCUGAUGCCGUGGGCACGCCUGUCUGGCGCGGGCGGCGUCGGAGCUGCGGCGGCUGGCGGCCUGGCACAGGGCGCCCUGCUCCUGCGGCGCUUGGCCGCGCGCGCGGAGGCGGCGCGUUUCGUGUCAUCAUGGGACGCUCAGGGCGCCGGCUUCAGCGUGGCCCUCAACCGCUUCAGUGACUGGCUGCCCGAGGAGUACUCUGCCCUGCUGACAGCCAGGCGGCCCACACGCAUGGAUGCAGCGCGCAAGGCCCCCACUCUGGGUGUGUUCACGUCGGAGGGCGUCACGCGCACCUCGCUGCCGCGCCACGUGGACUGGCGUGGCACCGGCGCUGACAUCAUCAUCAAGGACCAGGCCACAUGCGGCUCCUGCUGGGCUUUUGCGGCCACCGGAACCAUGGAGGGCGCGUGGUUUGCCGCCACAGGGGAGAGCCUCAGCCUGUCGGAGCAGCAGCUCGUUGACUGCAGCUGGGACUACGGUAAUGACGGAUGCGGUGGCGGCAACAUGGAGCCGGCCAUCCAGUACGUCACAGACGCGGACGGGGCCCUGAGUGAGGAGGCGUACCAGUACCUGGGCCAGAACGCGUUCUGCGGCAAGAACACCUCCCCCGCCCACGCACCUGUGUCGGCGCGCUUCCUGGGCUUUGCCCAGGUGGCGCCGCGCGACGAGCUGGCCCUGAUGGCCGCCGUCGCGAAGCUGGGGCCUGUGGCGGUAAGUGCAUGA